AUGGACAUUAGCCAUGGAUGUUUUCUCCAUUCCUUUCUAAUCGUGGUUCCUUUCCCUGCUCAGAUGUUCCUUUUUCACAACGUGACCAUCGUCCAUCCAGAGGACUUCACUCAGUGCACUACACGUGGGAGUUUCGGCACUCACUGGCAUGAAACGGCCUACAACAUGUUCACCUUCUCCUGCCUGUUCCUGCUGCCUCUGGUCAUCAUGAUCACGUGCUACACCAGGAUCUUCUGUGAGAUCUCCAAAAGACUGAAAAGGGACAACGUUCCCUCCAAUGAAGUGCGCUUGCGGUGUUCAAAGAAUAACAUCCCCAGAGCGCGGAUGAGGACUCUAAAGUUAAGUAUAGUGAUCGUCUCAUCUUUCAUUAUCUGCUGGACUCCAUACUACCUGCUGGGCCUGUGGUACUGGUUCUUCCCCAACGACCUGGAGGGGAAGGUCUCCCACUCCCUGACCCACAUCCUGUUCAUCUUCGGGCUCUUCAACGCCUGCCUGGAUCCUCUCAUCUACGGCCUGUUCACCAUUCACUUCCGAAAGGGGCUGCGGAGGUUUUACUGCAAAGCCAGCGCAGCGUCCAAUCAGGAGAACCCCACAGUCCUGUCUUUCACCUGCGCCGCCAACUCUCUGCCGCUGAAGAGAGACGGGAGCCCCGUGAGCCAGGAGAGGUUCAUGCUGUGUGAUGACGACCAAACUAAAGCAGAUACAACCAUCAGCUUAUUAACCCCAGACAACGACACAGAGCGAGAUCCAAACCAGUCCAGCCCCGAGAGCAUCAAAUGAGGGGAAUUUACCGUA